GAUCACCUGGGUUGCAGCAAAAGAAGAUUAACUUAGUAUGGGAUGGUGACUCCUAACAGGAAAGGCACCAAGCCACAGCUUUUGCCCCUCCUUCCUUUCUCUUUCCUCGGCUUCGCCCGUCACUCUCCGUCCACCUUUCACCACCAUUCCUAUAAGAAAAUGAUUCUCUCCAUUUCAUAAGCACCCCUCAGGCGAAGCAAAGGAGUUCUCUAAUCUUUGGAUCGAGUGAGAAGGAAGAAGAGAGCGAUGGCAGGAGAAGCAGUCUCAGCCUCCUCAAUCCAGAAUCCGAGUUCCAAUCCUCCUACGGUGAACAAGAAGAAGAGAAGCCUACCCGGAACGCCAGAUCCUGAAGCGGAAGUGAUCGCUUUGUCUCCGAAGACUCUCAUGGCCACCAACCGGUUCGUGUGCGAGAUAUGCGGCAAAGGUUUCCAGAGGGAUCAAAACCUGCAGCUCCACCGCCGCGGCCAUAACCUCCCGUGGAAGCUGAGGCAGAGGACGAGCAAGGAGCCUAGGAAGAGGGUGUACGUGUGCCCGGAGAAGACCUGCGUGCACCACCACCCAUCGAGGGCGCUCGGCGACCUCACCGGCAUCAAGAAGCACUUCUGUCGCAAGCAUGGCGAGAAGAAGUGGAAGUGCGAAAAGUGCUCCAGGUGCUACGCGGUGCAGUCGGAUUGGAAAGCCCAUUCCAAGACCUGUGGCACCCGGGAAUACCGCUGCGAUUGUGGAACCAUCUUCUCCAGGAGGGACAGCUUCAUAACCCACAGGGCCUUCUGCGACGCCUUAGCGGAAGAGACGGCACGAGUUGCAGCCUCACACAUGAGCAGCAGAGUGACUUCCAUCCACAACGGCAACUUGAACUUUGCUGACGGAUUGAUGAGAUCAAACGUGGUGCAGAACUUCCCUUCCUUUCUGAAGCCUCCGGUGGUUGAGGGUGAAAUGGUUGAUGAGGCACGAUCUGGGCUCUCUCUCUUGAUGGGCCAAGCACCUCCUCUAGAGACCUUAACUAAAGCCGAUGAUCCCUUCGCAUCCCAGUUAAGCUGGAUCUAUCAAAACAAGCUGGUUCCUUGGGGCUCAGAUGAGCUAAUUAGCAGCAUCACACUUCCGAUGAGCGGCAUGAAGGAAACUGAAGACCCAUACUCCCUUCUCCUAAGUGCUCCAUAUCACUACAGCACCCAGCAUCACCACCACCUAGUGCCGCCGGCGCCGGACACGUCUGCAACUGCGUUAUUGAAGAGAGCCGCACAGAUUGGUGUAACAGCAUCCCGUCCAACAUCAGAGGCGAAGAGCCCUGACAGUAACAUCCGAAACCUCAACACGAACCGUUCAUACUCAGCUACUCAUCCAGGAAACGCCAUGGAGAACGCUGCUGAUCCACUCAGGAUGAUGUACUCCACGAGACAUCAUGCGGCGCAGAAGGACGAAGGACCAGAAGGAGAAACAAGAGACUUCUUAGGUGUUGAUGCACCAACCAUUCGUGCAUCAUCAUUGAGUGGGUGGAUACGAAUUAGAAAUUGACACAACUUAUCCUGUUCUCCACCGAAUCAUCAAUCACGAACGAAAACGCAGUCGUGGAGGCAGCUAAAAGUUUCAUGAAAA